AAGACAUAUGAGCUCAAUGACUCUCGAUGCCUGGUUUGAUUCUAGAGAAAUAUUUGAUGAAUUGAAAUAUGUGUGAGUAAAGGAAGUCACGAUGCUGAUACGAAUACGAGCUCCAACUUCCAUCUAAUCUGAUCUGUCAAUCAGUUGACGUCAGCAGCAAAAACAAAUGGAUUAACCAUGACGACGCCGCUUUUAAGGCCUCCCAGGGGAUGCCUGCGACUCCAUGCUCUCAACUCACCCUCGCAGCAUCCACGAAAAAGGUAUCCGACAAAGGCCCUGAGCAGUAUGAAAGUCCCUAGCCUGCAAUGCCGAGAUCAAUCCAAGAUUUUGAAAGCCUGAUGAUAUUUGCAAUAUGGCUUCAGAUCCUAUAACAUUCAGGUCGCCCUCCAAUCCGGACUGGUCACUCUCUUACGUUCAACUGAAUCCAGGAGCUGAACACAGUCUCGUCUUUUGCUAUGGUGCUGCCGGCAGCUCAACGGUAUUGCAAAUGUUCCACGCAUUUCUCGCGUCCCAUCAGAAUGUGUCCCUGCUUUGUAUCGAUAGAUGGACGCAGGGGAAAAAUGUCUCCCGACAUGGCCCAUCUCUGUUUCUCGAAUUAAGCACGAUCACGCUUGAACUUCUGGACUCCUUGCGCAUUGAGCGCUUCAGCCUUGCCGCACACUCAGCAGGCGUCUAUCAAAUGCUCCAUCUUGCGAAGACGGCCGCGGUGGGACGAGUCGAGAACUUGUUCUCAAUCGCGGCCCACAUCCCGGCUCCCUUUACUGGGUCGAGAGCAAUGGAGUACAUGUGCUCAAUGCCCAACAGCCUAUUCAAAACAGUCACUACUAUGGAUUCGGCGCUGGCUGGCACUUGGGUUGAAAAAGUAUUUUCACGACUCGUGAAAAAGAACGAUGACAAGGAGGCAGAAGAUGUCUUUCUGGUUUCUAAAACUAGUCGUGAACGACUGUUUCAGCAGAUUCGGGCCGAUAACAAGCACUCAACAGAACAGGCAGAGCGUCUUGAUCUCGACUACAGGCUCGGUUAUGAGAGAAUACCGGGUGUUGACCGCGACUUUCUGGUCCGGCUCUUCACAGAAUGCACGACGGACAUGAUCUGGUUCGCUGCAGAUGGCGACGUUUUCUUUGGCCCUGCAACUGUUCAUCGAAUUGCAAAAGAUAUGAAUGAGGCAAAGGUCGAAAUAGUUACAAUUCCAGAGGCGACACACGCGGACAUUUUCGUUCGAACCCGGGUAUGGGAGAUGAUCUUUGAUAAGAUUAUUGGCCAAGACAUGAACGGACAAGAAGGUCGCCAUGGAGAGACGAUAUAGGACAGUGUCAGAAAGCCGCUGGAACGAGGGAUCUUGUGAAAACAAUCCGGACGUGAUGUAGAAUGUUGAACAAGGGCUUAAAGUACCAGGUAGAUUGGCAAGAAGAAAGAUGAUAUGAUGACGCGUCGUUUUUAAAGCGGCAAAGGGGGUUGAAGAUCCGAGACACG